CAGAAGUUUGGGCCGUGAGAAGGUUACCGCUGAUGCUCCUCCUAACACACUGUGAUGCUGCAGCAGUCUGAGGUCAGCCUCUGCGGUCCGACAGCCUCCUCAGUCCUCCGACAACAAGUGACUUUAAUAAGCCUCAAGCACAUCCGGACGUCCCUCUUGCGUCGUUUGUUGUGGGUCUGAAAUCACCGCUGCGCUCCUGUUGCUCCGAUCAGGACUUUCGGUGGAGACGGUGCCGGUGUUGUGCUCUGUGUUCGUGCUGUUUGGUGGCAGAGUCUCGUGCUGCCCACUGCAGGACUAUGAGAUCUGAAACUCUCUGGAAACUUCUUCUCUGCGCUGUGUUUUUACUGCCUAAUGCAAAUGCUCAAACGGUGCUCCCUCCAGAGUGUGCUCCGGGUGGCCACUCUGUCCUCCAGAACCCCUACCGCAGCACCACCUUCAGCUCCAGCUGGCUGCAGCAGUCGGCCCUGCAGGACUUCAUCUGCGACCACUCCCUCACAGCGGGAUGGUACCAGUUUCAGAUUUUUGACAAGCCUGCCAGUAUGCCCACCCAGUGUGUGGAGGUGAACCACUGUGGGACUCAGGCUCCAGUGUGGUUGUCUCUGGGCGAGGGUGAGUCCCUGCCGGGUCCGCUCGAGGUCCGACAGUUGAUGGCUUGUGCUGCCUGGCAGUUUUUCCCAAGCAGUAGCAAAGACUGCUGCAUGUUCCGCAUCCCAGUAACCGUCCGUAACUGUGGAGACUUCUACGUUUACCUGCUCCAGCCCACACAGGGAUGUAUGGGGUACUGUGCACAGGAGAUCUCCGACACUUUACCCUCAACGUCGCUGAUCUGUGGCCCUGGCGAGGUGAACCUCGAUGGAACAUGUAAAACUAAUAAGCCUCCUACUCCAUCUGUGCCAGUGAUUAUAUCAGAGGUGACAGGUAGUGCCAUCUACCUAAAGUGCAGCUUUGACAGCAGCUCCAACAGCUCCCUGGGCUAUAUAGUGGCCUGGUCUCACCUCUCACCUGAGGGAAGGAAGGAGGAGCUCAAACAGGAGACCACCAUUCAGACCUCCGCCUUUAUUGAGCUGGAUGGAUUCAACCUCCGCCUGGGAGACAAGGUUUACUGCUCCAGCUCCAGUUUCUUCUUGGACUCACCUGACGUCCGGAGUUCUUCAGUGGAAAGUGAAGUGUUCUUUGCUGGGAUAAAGUUAAGACCAGAGGUGAGCAGCGUCAUAGAGGAUGGGCGACUGUAUGAGUUGGUGGUCGAGAGCACAGUUCCUGUCCCGUGUUCAGAGGGGUCUUCCUCUUCUACAGAGCAGUGCACUCUAUCCCUGCAGCUCAGCACAAGUAGUCAAGAUGAGGGUUUGUUGGGUGCAGACCUGUCUCUUUCCUCCUGUGUGGUGGAUCUGUCCCAUGGCCCCUGUAGGAGCGGAGUUUGCAGUCGGGCUCUGAUCCACUUCACCCCCAUCACUGACUUUGUCAAAGAUGGCAACAGAACAACUCAGAUCUCUGUUAAACCUAUUGCCUCACACAGUUUUCUCUGGAACGGCUACUCGCCAGAACCUGUUCAGGUAGUGGUUAAGGAUGUUCCCUCAGCCUACUGUUACGCCUUCACUGAUCCUCACAUUAUCACAUUUGAUGGCAGGUACUAUGAGAACUACCAGAUAGGCACCUUCAUUCUCUAUAAGAGCAGUUUAUGGCCGUUUGAGGUGCAUGUCCGUCAGUGGGAGUGUGGCAGCGUUAUGCAUGCUGCCUCAUGUGUGUGCGGUUUUGUGGCGAGGGACGGUGGCGAUGUUAUCGCUUUUGACAUGUGCAGUGGGGAAAUGGGUGAAACCAGGCCUCACUUGUCUGUGAAGAACAGAGACUUGACCAAGAGCGGCAUUCGGAUCACCGAGUCCUACCAAGGACGCAAAGUUACUAUGACCUUCUCAUCUGGAGCUUUUGUUCGUGCAGAUGUGUCUGACUGGGGAAUGAGUCUGACGCUGAGGGCCCCCAGUUCAGACUGGAGUCACACUGAGGGUUUGUGUGGGACCUACGAUGGACAGUCAGACGAUGAUUUUCACUCAGAAGGCGGCGCCAAAAUGGAGCAUCUACAGGCUUUUAUUUCUGAAUGGAGACUCCCUCCAGGCAACAGCCUGUUUGACACUGUGCCAUCCGAUAUGAGUCCAUUGAAUCCCCGCAAGUACUGUACCUGUCAGGUAGAGCCCCGCAUCUUAUCUCCCAGAGCCUGGUAUCAACAAACUGCCUCCUCCGACUCCACCUGCUCUAAUGAUGGUAAUCUGCAUUUCCUCAGUGUCAUCCCAACUCUGGAUGUCACAGCUGAGUACAUUGGCUCGGUGGAGCUACUCAAAGAAAAUGAAAGACAGCCUCUGCCUACAGGUCAAGCCCAGGAUGGAGGUAGUCACAUACAGCCACAUAAAAGAAACUUUCCUUUCAGAGCCUCCAGAGACAGAGCUUCUACCUCAGCGCAUCAACAAGAACGCAGAGGCAGGCGGCAGACACAUCGUUAUAUUUCUAACUCCCAGCACCAAAGUCUUAGCCAGUCUGAUCUGGAGGGCUUUGCCUACUUUUUCCCAGAGGACCAUGAACCAGCAGUUCAGCCAGAUUCUUCACUAAUGUGGCCCACACCGUCUGGCCUGACUAAGCAGCAGGCUCAGGCCCAGUGCCAGAAGGCUGUGGCAAACUCAAGCAUAGCUUUAGGUUGCAGGCGCCUGCUUGGAGAGGCAAUAGUUAGCCGCGCGGUGGCUAUGUGUGUUACGGACCUGCAACUGAAGGAUGAGUUGUCGUGGCUAAAUGCAACAUUACCUCUGCUAGAGAACGAGUGUGAGAGGAGGCUGGUGGAGGAGAGGAAGAGAGAAGAGGAGCACCAGGAUGUUCUGUCCAUCCUCAAGUGUCCAAAUCUGUGUAACGGGAAUGGCCAGUGCUCAGACUGGGGUUGUGUUUGCUUCCCAGGAUUUGGGUCAUAUGACUGCAGUGUGCUGUCUGACCAGAUUCCAGAAAUCACUGAACUGGAGAAUGAGGGUCUGUGUGACGUUCGUCAGGGAGACUGCUCCACCAUCCAUGUCAAUGGUCAAGGCUUCAAAGACUCCUAUGAGCUCAAGUGUGAGUUUCUUAAAGAAAAGUUUGUGGCUGGAGAGUGGGUUUUGGACGAGCCUCAGUUUGUUCUGGCCACCUUUCUGGAUGUGACAGCUCUGGAGUGCCAGCUCCCCCUGGAGGACAGCCGCGUCUCUGCAGGCGUCGACCUGGAAACAGUGACGAGCAGACCACUGGCCCGCUGGCAGAUCAAAGUUUCCAAUGAUGGCUAUAGCUACAGCAAUGCCAAGAUUCUGACUCUGUAUGAUGGAGCCUGUCAGACCUGCACCCUCAACACAGAAGUCCUCUGUACCCUGAAGGAGAAAACCUGCAACAUUAACAGUCUAUGUUACAGUGAAGGGGAGUCCCACCCCAGCAGCCCUUGCCUUACUUGUCUUCCAGACUCAUCCAGACACACAUGGUCCAUCGCAGAAAAGAAUGAGCCUCCGCUGCUCCAGUCGCUGCCAUUUAGUCUCCAAUCCUUCCAGGGGGAGAAUUUCAUCUACCAGCUACAAGCUCGGGACCCUGAAGGUUCAUCGGUUCUUUUCAUGCUGGCAUCAGGUCCUGAAGGUGCAUCUCUGUCUCCAGCUGGCCUCUUAAUGUGGAAGGCCACUGCCGAAGUGACCGACAUCCACACUUUCCAGUUUACUGUGAGCGAUGACUGUAAUGCUGAGACCAGAGCCUCUAUAAAGGUGACUGUGCACUCCUGUGAAUGUCUGAAUGGAGCUUCAUGUGUCACCAAUGUCAACGUCCCUGCUGGUAGCGGAGAAUAUGUGUGUGUUUGUCCUGAUGGAUUUAAAGGGAAGCGGUGUGAAGUGGACAUUGAUGACUGUAAACCCAACCCCUGCAGGCUGGGCCGCUGUAUCGAUCUACCCAACUCCUUCUCCUGUAUCUGCCCACCUGGAAUGACAGGCCGCACAUGUAGAGAAGACAUAAAUGAAUGCGUUUCUCAGCCUUGUUUCCCUGGAGUGGGCUGUAACAACACACUGGGCUCCUUCAUCUGUGGCCUGUGCCCACAGGGAUAUAGUGGUGAUGGGAAAAACUGCAAACGUAAUGCUGACUUGCCGGUCAAAGUGGUGACAACACCAGUAAGAGUACCACAGGUUCCAUUAAGGCCCAAAUCAACAGGCCCAUCGCCGUGCACAAGAGGGUCGUGUUACCCAGGGGUCCAGUGUUUUGACAGCAUCCACGUUUCAGCAGGCUUUGUUUGUGGACCCUGUCCUCCUGGUCUCCAUGGAAAUGGACGAACAUGCACAACAACUGGUCAAGGGACAGUCGGCAGUGGAGCAGACAGUCAUAUUCACAUCACCAAAUCAAAUACCAGCAAAGAAAAGACUACUUCCUCCUCCUCUUCCUCUUCUUCAUUAUUGCCCACCUCGCCCAGACGACCCUCUGACAGAAGGAUGAGACCAGAAACGAGCGGCUCCAGUAUCAGGAGAAUUGUGUCAUCUGACAGAAAGACCACAGCAACCCCACAGAAUCAGACUGCAUCCAGAGUGUUUGCUCCCACUGUCCACAGAGGUCAGCUCAGUGGGGUGGAUCUGACCCCAGACCUCUCUACAGGGAUCAGAUGGGGGCAGCCAGCUCACCAUGUAACCUGCGCUGACUCUCCCUGCUUUCCUGGUGUUCCCUGUGAGCCUACUGUCCUUGGGUCUUUCAGGUGUGGACGCUGCCCGUACGGCUACACUGGGGAUGGAGUCAUAUGUAAAGCUGUGUGCAGGUAUCAGUGUGGGAGGAACAUGGAGUGCACUCUGCCCAACACCUGCACCUGCAAGGCGGGUUACACUGGUUAUAACUGUCACAUAGCGGUGUGUCGGCCCGACUGUAAGAACCAGGGGAAGUGUGUGAAACCUAAUGUGUGUGAAUGCCCUGCAGGCUACGGUGGGCCCAUCUGUGACGAAGCGAGCUGUGAGCCGCCUUGUCAGCAUGGAGGCACGUGUCUGGCCAGAAACCUGUGUACCUGCCCCUACGGCUAUGUGGGACCCAGAUGUGAAAUCAUGGUGUGUAACAGACACUGUGAAAAUGGAGGCGAGUGUGUUUCUCCUGAUGUCUGCAAAUGCAAGCAUGGCUGGUAUGGCCCGACAUGUAACUCAGCUCUCUGUAACCCUGUCUGUUUGAAUGGAGGAACAUGCAUUAAACCCAACAUCUGCGCCUGUCCCAGUGGCUUCUAUGGCUCUCAGUGUCAAAUUGCUGUUUGCAGCCCUCCCUGUAAAAAUGGAGGUCAGUGUAUGAGAAACAAUGUGUGCUCCUGCCCUGAAGGCUACACAGGAAAAAGGUGUCAAAAGAGUGUGUGCGAGCCGAUGUGCAUGAACAGAGGCAAGUGUGUGGGACCCAACACAUGCUCCUGUGCUUCUGGAUGGAGGGGGAAGAGGUGUAACAUACCUGCCUGUCUGCAAAAGUGUAAAAAUGGUGGCGAGUGUGUGGGGCCAAACACCUGCCACUGUCCCAUCGGCUGGGAGGGCCUGCAGUGUCAAACACCGAUCUGUGAACAACGUUGCCUGAAUGGAGGCAGGUGUGUGCUGCCUGACUACUGCCACUGCCGGAAAGGAUACAAGGGCCUCACCUGUGCAAUAAAGGCAUCACAAGCAUGAUGGAGACAGAAUGAGAAAUGGGAUGAAAGAAGCUAUAAAAUGCACAAAGCAAGAGGAGAGUACCAUAAAUUUUUGUGUAUAUGAGUACGUGUGUGUGUUGGUGGGUAUCGGACUUGAAUGUGUGACUCUGUGCACAUUUGACUGCUAACAGAGGGACUUGAUGUAUUGCACUUCUCUUUCCGUCCCUGUAUAUCACUACCUCAAGGCUCAAAGUAACACACAUCUGUUAGAUGCAUCUGCAGUUCUUUAUACGGAUCUGUGUGUUGCUGCACAGUAUGAUUAAAAAAAAAAGAAAAUGACAAAUGUCAGUUUUAGUCGUGAUUCGUUCAAAAUGUGUACAUGAUUACCAGCCAGCUUUUAGUUUUAGAUUUACUGCAAUUUAGCCAAAUUAUAGCUGAUUUUACCAACUGAUGUGCACUGUUUCUUACUUAUGAGAAAAUAAUCUUAAAUCUGCUUUCAUUAUACCUAAUUUUGAUGGUACUUAUCAAUAAUUAGUUUUAAGACAUUGAUAUGAAUAUGUUAAAGAUGCACAAAAAUAGCAUUUUUUUUCUUUUUGGCUUCCUUAAUAUAUUGUUAUGUCAGGCCUGUGUGUGUUAUCCAUUUACACUGAUACCAAAUAUGGAUUCAAGUAAUGAUUAUCAGUUGAUGUAGGUUUGUUUUUAAAAAAAAAAAAAAAAAAUACACCAGAUUACACUGUGGUAUGAAUUAUAUGUGACAAAAUAAAGACAGUGUGCUGUUUGA